AUGGAAGGACAAGAUUGGCACAUGAUUGGUGCUGAUUGUUUGGUGUUAUCGUGUUGCUGCCAAUUCUUGAUCUUGCAGAUGCUCAUGUUUCUCUUGUUCAAACUCCCUAGCAAAGUCUUUAGAAAAGCAAAGGAGUACGUGAAGAGGAAGUUUGGAAUACGAAGGAAGGUGGCUCGUUGUGUGGCUGCUUUUGUAGGGCGUCAGCAGCCAUGGCCACCACAUAGGGAUGCAGCGGAGUGUUUCAGGUGGGAGGAGUUGAAUGGUUGCAUGGAGGAAGUUGAGGUGGCGUUGGAGGAGAUGUGUAGAAAGGGUGAGUUUGGAUUUGGAAGCUUUUGGAGAGGAGAUGAAGAGCAUGAUUUGGAGGAUAAUUUUCGAAUAUGUUUUGUAAAUCAACAACUGGGAUAUCAUGAUGAUAGUGGAAAGUAUCAUUUUGUUGACGUAUUUGGGCCUCUUACAAUGCAAUUAAUUUAA